AAUAAAUAAGAGGAUGGUUCUCUCUGCUCUUGUACUCGAAAUUAAGGCAGAGAGUUAGAUUGGGAGAAUCUAGCAGAAGAAGCCUAGGGUUUGGUUUCUUGAAUCACAUACUUCUUCUUCUUCUUCUUUAUCUCUCUCUCAGAUUUUUGAAUGUUCUCUUUCAGUCAUUGCAAGAACUAGAAAAAGGGACUAUGUAAUUUAACUCUUUUGUACUUGAGAGAAUUGGCUGAAGUACAUUUGUUGGAGAACUUCAUCAUUUGGUUUAAUGGUAAUAACUGCCAAACUCCAGAGGAUGUAUGACUCUCAAGUUUUAAAAUCCAAAUCCAAUCCAUUUCUCAGACGUUCUCAUUCUAAAAAGAAAUCCCAGGGCACAGUAACCAUGUUAGAGGGCAUAGAAACUUGUGAAGAAUCUACGAGCGGUGAAGCUUUUCCAUAUAGAUUUCAACUUGAAGAGGAUGUAAAAAGAUUACAACUGCAACUCCAAGAAGAAAUAGAUUUGCAUACCUAUUUAGAGAGUGUCAUGGAGAAAGAUCCUUGGGAGUUAUCUACUUCUUCUAGUGUUCCACAUCCUGCUCAGGAGCUUCUUUCCAAUAUAGUUUCGCUAGAGACUGCAGUCACGAAGCUCGAGCAAGAAAUGAUGUCACUGAAUUUCCAACUUAGCCAAGAACGAAACGAGAGGAGACUUGCAGAAUACCAUUUGACACAUUCGGCUUCUCCACCAAAUUCCUCCUCUUCCUUAAGAUAUUUGAAUCAUUCGGAUUCAGAAUUCCAUCAAUCAACAGAAGACAGUCCAUGUCAAGACCUGACAGCCCCAAACCAAGAAUCUUCAUCUGAAUCAUCUCCAGCAGAAUCAAUUGCGGAGAAAACAUUGGACCCAAGUACUGACUCUCUUGAAAAGAGGCUAACGAGAAAGACAAAUGCGAAGAAACUACGUCGAGGAUUACCACCAAAAUACCUGUGGGAUCAUCCUAAUCUAUUGUCUGAAGAAAUGGUGAGAUGUAUGAAGAAUAUCUUUAUGUCUCUGGCUGAUCCAACAGCAACUUCAAAAGCAUCCUCAAACGAGAGCCAACUCUCACCAGUAUCACCUCGCGGGCAUCUAUCAAGCUCAGCCUCCUGGUGGCCUUCAACAGAACGGUCAAUGAUCUCUUCAUGGGUGCAAAGCCCCCAAAUAGAUAUCCAAAAUAACGCCAAUGUUUUGGCCACGGGAGAUGUCUUUGAUCCUUAUAGAGUUCGAGGGAAGUUAAGCUGGGCGGAGAUUGGAAACUAUAGUUUGGCAUCCGAGGUUUCUUGGAUGUCUGUUGGGAAGAAACAGCUGGAAUAUGCUUCCGGGGCAUUGAGGAAGUUCAGGACACUGGUGGAGCAAUUAGCUAGAGUAAACCCUAUUCAUUUGAGUUGUAACGAGAAGCUAGCUUUCUGGAUUAACCUUUACAACGCAUUGAUUAUGCAUGCGUAUUUAGCUUAUGGUGUCCCAAGAAGCGACCUGAAGCUUUUCUCAUUGAUGCAAAAGGCGGCCUAUACAGUUGGAGGGCACUCAUAUACUGCGGCGGCAAUGGAAUAUGUGAUACUGAAGAUGAAACCGCCUAUGCACAGGCCACAAAUUGCUCUGCUUCUUGCCAUCCACAAGAUGAAAGUAUCAGAAGAACAGCGCAAGGCAAGCAUUGAUACACAUGAGCCUCUUCUUGGCUUUGCUCUAAGCUGUGGAAUGUACUCAUCCCCUGCGGUGAGGAUCUACACAGCGAAUGGAGUGAAGGAAGAGCUACUAGAAGCUCAAAGGGACUUCAUACAAGCAUCAGUAGGACUGAGUAGCAAAGGGAAACUCUUAGUACCCAAAAUGCUCCAUUGUUACGCCAAGAGUUUGGUGGAGGAUUCGAACUUGGGGGUCUGGAUAUCGAGGUACCUUCCUCCGCAUCAAGCGGCUUUUGUGGAGCAAUGCAUCUCUCAGAGAAGACAAAGCCUUCUCGCCUCACGUAACUGCGGAAUACUCCCCUUCGAUUCUCGUUUCAGAUACCUGUUUCUCCCCGACAACAUCUUGUUGUAAUAACAUUUUAAAUACUGUCAUAUGUAAAAAGCUUUAACAGAUUUCAUAAGAAUGAACAGCGGGAGGAUCAAGGUUUGAUUCAUCCAACUUGGGAGUGUGCUGAAGAAUCCAUGACAAUACACGAUCAAGGUUUUGCCAUGGAAGAAGACCGGCUCACAAAGCAAACCAACCCAAACUUAAGCAUCCUUUACACUGUUCAUGAUCAUGAUUACUAUUACCCAACAUACCUUCUUAUCUAACGGCUUCCAAGACAUUUAAUAACAUUGUUUAUGAAUCCGGAUCACACAAUAAGUGUGAGAAGCCUCAACAUACAUUAUUUUUGAUCA